ACUAAAACCCAUAACAGAUCGAAAAGUUCUGCUAUUUUUCUGCACUAAAACGCAGUUUGCAGAGGUUAAACAGAUGCAUUUCGAUAAAAGAGCAUUGUCACAAAUUUAGGCUUCCAAACAGAUUUGGAAAAUGGAGAGUGACGAUGAUCAUGAUCAUGACCAUGACCAUGAUGACGGUGAGCACAGUUUCGAUGGUGACCGAUCAUUGGAACAUCAUCCUGAGCAAGAGACCAGUAAGGUGUCUGCACCGUUGACAGGUUUUCUGUUUGGUAACAUCAACAAGAAUUUUGAACUCGAGCCACAGGAUUAUCUGGAUGAGGAAGCGCGAGGACACCUUGGUCAGCUGAGUUCACUUGGGGGUAUAGCACCCAUGGUCAAGGAAAUAACUGAGGAUGCAAAGACUGAUGGUGAUUCAGAAGAUGCAGAGAGUCCUGCCAGUGAAGUUGCAGAAAAAGCUGACACAGCCAUUGACUACUCAGACAUCACUGAAGUAGCGGAGGACACCAGUGAGGACUACAGUCGGGCGAUGCAUUCUCUGAAGGCUCCACAAUCAAACGAUCAAGAUGAUUAUGAUGAUAGUGAUGACAAAGCAGCCAUGCCUCCUCCAACGUGGCUCCCACCUGGAGGGAAAUCUGAUACCAAAUCAGAGAAAAAAAUUGAUGGCCAAGAGUUGGACAAGGACGGCAAGCCAAUAGUCACGCCCCUCGGUGCAAUGUUACCCCCUCAACUCAAAGGCUUAGACGUUCAUAAGUUUUUCCCAGAGUUUAAGGAAGGAAAGGUGUUGAGGUUCUCCAAGCUGUUUCGACCAGCACAUGUCCCCCACAUGUGGAAACGUCGCGUAAAGAAGAAAAAGGAAGAACCAGACAAGAAGAAACCAGAGAAAAAAGACGAGAAGAAAUUAGAUGGUGUCGAAGUUAAAAAGGAACUGGCUGAUUCAAGUGAAGGUCGGCUUGAUCAUGAUAAACUUGACACAGAAUCUGGUGUGGUGAAAAUGGAGGUUGAUGAGGAGGAGAAGAACAGUAUAGCUGAUGAAGACUUCUGGUUUGAUCUGGACUGGGGACGGCCACCGAACCCUGAGGAGGUCGAGUCUGAUGAUGAGGAUAAAAUGAUGCGAGUGAAAGAAGAGGAGCAAGCAGACCUCAAAACGGAGGAGGGUGAAGAAGAACAUCCAGAUCGUCCAAGGAUUGCCGAAUGGAGGUUCGGACCUGCUGCUCUCUGGUAUAAUAUGGUAGGAAUUGAUGAAACAGGACAUGGCUUUGAUUAUGGCUUCAAAUUGAAAAGUGAAAACAAUGAGCCAGAAGAGAAUGCCCUUCCACCAGUGGACGUUCCUCCUCCAGACAUACCAGAUGAGGCAUUUAACAUGGUCUCCCAGGUGCAGUGGGAGGAGGACAUCAUCUGGAACGGCGAGGAGGUCCGACAGAAGGUGAUGCAGUCGCAGAAGCAACGAGCUGCAUCAGCUGGCUGGAUCCCGAGUUCUAACGUCAGGACACAGACACAGUUUGCUCAACAGUCCAAACUCGGCCCCAAUGUUAUCUUUCCUAGUGGACAAAUGAAGAACCCAUUCCAGAUGUAUGGACAGAAGGGGCUACUGAAGCCACCUGGCCAGCAAGAUGAUGGGAUGCAGGAGAACGAAGAUGGAACGUUUUACAGUAUCUUCCCAAUCGAGAAUCAUGAUCUUAUUUACGGGUCAUGGGAGGAGGAUAUCAUAUGGGAUGCAGAGAACAUGGAUACCAUCCCAGAACCAUCUGUUCUGACCCUAGACCCAAAUGAUGAGAACAUAAUCCUUGGCAUACCGGAGGACAGGGACCCCUCGCAGCCGCAGGAAACCAGCCAGGUCAAGAAGGAGAAGGAAGUGAGAAAAUCCAAGAUUCUUCUUGGGAAGGCUGGUAUCAUCAAAGAGGAGGAGGAGGAAGAAGAGGAGGAGCCAGAGGUACAAAACAAGGAUCCAUUCAACAUGUCUAAUGAUGAGUAUUAUAAUCCUAAACUUAGCCUGGACAAUGCUCUCAGGACAAACCUUGGUGGUAGUUUGAUACAGCAUUCAAUCCCUGCCCUUGAGCUUCGACAACCUUUCUUCCCAACUCAUAUGGGUCCAAUGAAGUUGCGUACAUUCCAUCGGCCACCCCUCAAGAAAUACUCCCAUGGAGCUCUGGCAACAAGCAACCCACAGCCCGUCCUUCCACUGUUGAAGCAGAUCAGAAGGAAAGCUAAGUUACGAGACCAGGAGCGUUCGGCGUCUGGCGGUGGGGAGAUGUUUUUCAUGCGGACUCCCCAGGACCUGACUGGCAUGGACGGCGAUCUCAUCCUCGCUGAGUUCUCAGAGGAGUUCCCACCCCUCAUCAUGCAGGUUGGCAUGGCAACCAAAAUUAAAAAUUACUACAAGAGGAAACCUGGAAAGGACCACAACCCACCCACGUUCAAAUACGGCGAGCUUGCGUACGCUCACACUUCACCGUUCCUCGGCUCCCAGGCUCCUGGGCAGGUUGUACAGGCGUUUGAGAAUGCCAUGUUUAGAGCACCAAUCUACGAACAUAAAGUGGCUGAUUCAGACUUCCUUAUUAUACGCACAAGGCACCACUACCAUAUCCGCAACGUGCCAUCGGUGUACACGAUCGGUCAGUGCUGUCCGCUGUAUGAGGUGCCUGGACCCAAUUCCAAACGAGCCAAUAAUUUCAUCAGAGACUUCCUACAGGUCUUUAUAUAUCGGCUGUUCUACAAGAGCAAAGAUCAACCCAAGAGGAUCAGAAUGGACGAUAUCAAAAAGGCUUUCCCGUCACAUUCUGAGAGCAGCAUCAGAAAGAGACUGAAACUCUGCGCUGAUUUCAAAAGAACUGGUAUGGACUCCAAUUGGUGGGUUUUGAAGUCAGAUUUCCGGCUGCCUACUGAAGAGGAAAUGAGGGCAAUGGUUUCACCUGAGGAGUGCUGCGGUUACUACUCAAUGUUGGCAGCGGAGCAGCGCCUAAAAGAUGCAGGCUAUGGGGAGAAGUCACUGUUUGCUCCAGAAGAGGAAAAUGAUGAAGAAUCAAAGAUGGAUGAUGAGGUACGGACGGCCCCGUGGAACACUACAAGAGCUUACAUAGCGGCCAUGAAGGGCAAGUGCUUGCUGUCCCUGACCGGUGUGACUGACCCAACGGGGUGUGGUGAGGGGUUUUCCUAUGUCAAGAUGCCAAAUAAACCUCAGCAGAAACAGCAGGAUGAAGAUAAACAAAAUACACCUCAGAAGAAGACUGUGACCGGUACGGAUGCUGAUCUUAGACGACUGAAUCUCAAGGAUGCUAAGCAGCUGCUGAAGAAGUUUGGAGUGCCCGAGUCCGAGAUCAAGAAGCUGUCUCGUUGGGAAGUGAUUGACGUUGUGAGGACGAUGUCAACCGAGCAGGCGAAGGCCGGCCAGGAGACUGGAACUAUGAGUAAGUUUGCUCGAGGAAAUCGAUUCUCAAUGGCCGAACACCAGGAACGUUACAAAGAAGAAUGUCAGAGGAUAUUUGAUCUACAAAAUAAGGUGCUAUCUUCGAAUGAAGUGUUGUCAACCGAUGAAGGGGGUUCAGAGAGUGACGAUUCAGAUUUUGAGGAGAUGGGAAAAAAUAUCGAAAAUAUGCUCGCUAAUAAGAAGACUACAUCUCAGAUGAAACUUGAGCAGGAAGAACAGGAGAGAAUCAAACUCCACAAGAUGAUCAUGGGUGAGGAUAUCAAGGAUGACAAGAAGAAAAAGGAUGAUGAUAAUAUGUCUGUAGGGAGCGGAGCCAGUAUUGGUGGUCGAAAACUGAAGAUCACACGUACCUUCCGCAAUGAGAAUGGCAAGGAGUAUGUGAGAACAGAGGUGGUGAGGAAGCCGUCAGUUAUAGACACGUAUGUCAGGAUCAGGCAAACUAAAGAUCCAUCGUUCAUUAAACAAUUUGCUACGCUUGAUGAGGCGCAGAAGGAGGAGAUGAAAAAAGAGAGAAGAAGAAUCCAAGAGCAACUCCGACGUAUCAAGCGUAACCAGGAAAAGGAUAAAGAACGUACAGUCAGCGGUGACCCCUUCCCCAUCGAGCCAAUCAUGAUCCCCAAGAAGAAAAAGAAGAAAGAUGCGCCACCUUUGAAAGUAAAGUUGAAGUGUGGAGCAUGCGGUCAAAUUGGACAUAUGAGGACAAACAAGGAGUGCCCCCUAUAUUCGAAGACUGCACCGAUUCUGCCAUCAAAACCGGUGGCCAUGACGGAAGAACAGGAAGAAGAAGAGGAAUUGAAGGCAACGCUUAACGAUAACGAGCUGAUCAAUGUUGAGGGGACAAAGAUUGUGUUGUCAAAGAACUUGAUUGAGCAUGCUGAAGAUAUGAGGCGCAAGUCCCUUGUUCUCAAGUUCCCUAAAAUGAGCGUCAAGCAGCAAAGGAAGAGACAGCGAGCUGGGACGGUCGUUCACUGUGAUUACCUCAAGCGUCCACACAAGCAAUCGAAUCGGCGUAGGACAGAUCCCCAGGUGACGUUAUCCAGUGUGUUUGAGUCUAUCCUGAACGAAAUGAGGGACUUGCCUGACAUCCAGCCAUUCUUGUUCCCAGUCAGCACGAAGGUGGUGCCAGACUACUAUCGGUUAAUCAAGAAACCCAUGGACCUGCAGAAGAUCCGUGAGAAUAUCCGGAACCGGUCAUACCACUCGCGUGAACAGUUCAUCAUGGACACAAAUCAGAUUGUUGAAAAUAGUAAGCAGUAUAACGGUCCAAAGAGUGCUCUGACCCGAGCUGCCCAGCACAUGAUGGAUUUGUGUCUUCAGAGAAUUGCAGAGAAAGAGGACCGUCUGAUGCGAUUAGAGAAAGCCAUCAAUCCACUUCUCGAUGACAAUGACCAGGUGGCUCUCUCGUAUAUCUUAGAGAACAUCGUGGCUAAUCUUAAGGCUGUCGACGGAUCCUGGCCAUUCCAUAAUCCAGUCAAUAAGAAGAUGGUGAAAGAUUACUACGACAUCAUCAAACGUCCGAUGGAUCUUGGGACACUCUUGAAGAAUGUUAAGGCACACAAGUACCACGACCGAGAGCAGUUCCUAGGUGAUGUUGAACUCAUCUACACGAACAGCAUCAAGUACAAUGGCCAAGAGAGCCCGUUUACAGCCUCUGCCAAAGCCAUGCUGCAUACAUGCAGAGAACUGUUACAAAUGCAUGAUGAAGACAUGCUUCCGUUGGAGAAGAACAUCAAGAUUGCCCAGGAGACUGCCAUGGCUGCUAUUGAGACUGACAGCAUCACUACCGGAACUUCAUUCAAUUUUGAUGAUAGUAUUUUGGGUGGUGGUGACAAUGAGAGCAAUGAUAGUUUCAGUAUGAACAAGAAUAUGACGAUUGUUGAGGAUCCUCACAGCAGUGUGUUCCCACCGAGAGAAGAGGAUGACCUUGAACAGGCCUCGGGUGCAAUCAGAAGGGAGAUGAGGGGUCAUGGCAUGGAUGGUGAUUACGUAGACAUUGAGGGUCUUGACGAGUCGGCUGAGGCAAUGGGACAAGAUGACAGUGAACUACAGGAUCGUAGCCAAGAUGACAGUUCCUUGCUGGCCAAAGAUUUACAAAUAUCACCAGAGAAUAGUGAGAACGGCAUGUCUGAUGAAGAAUAUGAAAAUGAAGAAUACGAAUAUGAAGCGGGUCAAGAUGAAAGUUUCCCACAGGAUGAGAGUGCUCAGCAAGGCUUCCCAGAACAACAGCAAUACGAAGGCGAACCAAUGCAGGUCCAGUCCGUUCAAUAUGUGCCAAAUGAGGACUCCUACGAUAGCUACGACCCGGCUGCUUUCUUUCUGCAGAGCACGUCACUCAAAUUACCGGAGAACCACGGGCAAGUACUGCAGGAGGAGGAUAGCACAGGUGUGGCUGGCCCGAGUACGAAUCUUUCAAACGACCUCCAAAUGUCUGAAAGUGAUGGAGAAAACGAGGACGGAGCUGAGGGAGGGCAGGGGGGCAACGAAGGAUUUGACUUUAAUGAAUUUUUCGAAUCAUGAUGCAAAAAUUCUGAAAGGAGUGUGUAGAUAGAUACUUUUCCUGAUCAUGUGACAUUAUAGCAUUGGAGGUGAAACUGAAAUGGACUGUCAUUUUACCUGUCUGUAAGCAACUACAAGUCUAGUUGUGACUUCAUAAACUUUUUGUGACUUGUGCAUUUAAUCAUGAAGAUCAUUAUUUUGAGACUGUGAAUAAAAUCAUGUGAGUACAGUUAUCUGUACAUGUAUGUAAUCAUUGUAUAGUUCAUUAUCCAUUAUUAAAAAAACAAUUCAAGAGAAGAA